UAUACCUGUAGCAGCUCAAGCGGCUUAAAGAACCUCUAACUUAUGUGCUUAUCAUUAAUCUAGUUAUCAGACGGCUUGCUCGAGGUCAAGUCAAACUCGGCACAACGCGCGAGCGUCGGAGGUCACAACAUGACUUUUGCCUUCGCUGCUCUUGAGCAGCAGCUUUCAGGGCUAGCUACAGAUGCAGCUCAGCUGGCGCAGCCUUAUCUGGCGCACAUACCGAAGGGCUUGCUCCGGGAUUACACAUGCAUCGCCGCCGUCGCGUUUGCUUUCUGGGCAGUUGAGGGCGUCCUGCUCGCAGUGCUGGUGCCGACGCUGACGCGUAUACUCGUGCAGCCGCCCACGAAAGACGCGGAUGCGAAAAAGCAGCUGCGGCGGGCAAAGGGGGCAGCCAUACAGACUGUGGCACGACUUGUGGGCACCAUCCACAACACCGUGCAGGUCCCCCUUGGCCUCCUCAUCCUCCUGGACCCGCAAUUCCAGUCCAACCGCAUGUUCCAGACCACACCGCUUUCCUAUGCGGUUUGCUACAUCUCUGCCGGUUAUUUUGCGCACGACCUGGUGAUGUGCGCCUCCCGCUUCGCGCUUGAGGGCCCGCUGUACACCAUUCACGCUCUGGUAUGCCACGCCGCCUACGCGUUCGGCGUCACGACAGGCUUUAUCCACUACCAUGGCGCGGCUUUCCUGCAGUGGGAGCUGUCGACAACCUUUGUGCACCUGCGUUGGUUCAUGUACAAGGCGGGCUGGGCCAACACCCGCGCGUACGUGCUGAACGGCAUCUGCAUGGUACUGGUCUUCUUCGGCUGCCGCAUUGCUUGGGGCUAUAUCGAGAGCGUCGUCCUGGUCGGUGACGUGUUGCGUGAGCGCUGGGUUCCCGGCGGCUCGCCGUUCCCGGUGGGCGGCACCUUCGGUUACUGCGUUGCGGCUGUGGUGAUGAACACGCUCAACACGUACUGGUUUUACAAGAUGCUGACCGCGGCCCUCGCGGUGCUGCUGGGCGGCAAGAAGGCCAGCGACGUCAGCACACACAAGGACGAAUAGGUUGUCAAGUUGCUGUGGCGGCAUAAGAAUGCCCCGGCAUAGCAUCGUUGUGUAUGCACGCCGCUCUGCCCGGUUACUUCCGGGGCGUGGGCUGUGCGGUGUUGCCUUGCGAAGUACAAGGCAUGGGCCGGAAUGUCGGGAUGCGGAUACUAACAUGAUAAGCGACGCGGCGUGCUUGGGGCUGCCGCAGUUCUGCACGGACUGAAAGAAGGUGCAAAUUGUAGUGUGUGAAACCUGUAGAGCGGCAUUGUACCGUACGGUAAUGCCGCUAGGGCGCUGGCCACGAGCUGAAUCACAGGUGCUCGUGUCUGCAAGUAUACUGCAGUGGGCUCUCUGCAGUGCUUGCAUGUCUUGUCGGCCGACAUUGUUGUAUAAUUCUCACAAACCCGUGCAUGUGUGCGUUGGGUGUAUUGUGUAGAGUAUCUUGGGGUGUGGCACAUGCCACAUGGAGGGCUAGGCUCAUGGGGGCGGACUGGCAUUCAUCAUACAAGGGGCCAUGCAGAGCAUAUGCUGCCUUGAAUACGGUAUACUUAAUACCCGGUGGGAUUGAAUGGAGAACUUGAACCCCAAGAGUGGCACAGGUGAAGGCCUGGUGCUGGAAUGAAGAGGCGGCAGGCGUAUGGUACCACAUGCCCCGCACUUUAGGCUGGCGGCAUCAAUGGAUGGAUGCGCAGACGUCUGGGGCAGCGUGCCGUGGUGUACGCAAUUCUGUUGUCGUGUGCGCGAGGUAGGUACAGUGUGUAGUGGACAGUGGGCCGCUCAGUGCGUACAACGCGAACCAAAAUCUCGUCAUCCCCCAGGGAAUGACCCGAGAAGUGAUAUUUCGGCUGGGACUGGGGAAUAGCGUUGGGACCAGCUGUGCAAGAGGCCGCGUGCUUAGUUAGCGAGAUUGUUGUGGCUGACGGCGGCUUGUCGCUAUCAUUGGUGAUGUCGUGUGUAGUAGUAUCCUCGUGCGUACGAUGGAGCACACAAAGUGGAAGGCAAUGUAGUGUUACCGUUACCGUAGCGUUGCCCCACGCCUCGUGACGGGCAAGGUCAUGCCGACGCCCGCUCCCCCGCUGUCGACGGUGGUGGGUGCCCUUUAACGCCUACCGAUGCCGGCCUGACCGCUGGCC